UGAAGGACAAAUUUUCGCUGAAAACAAUCUAAGCCAGACAGAAACUAAUGUUUCGUGCACAACCAUUUGAACUUAUUAGUUUGGCGUUGCUAAUGGGCCCGAAAGAGCGUGUUUCAAACUUGAAGGUCGUUUUUGUAUGCAGACUGUGGAGAAUGCCGCUACCUAACCUAGAUUCUUUGAAAAACAUCGCCGUCGGAAAAGAUAACGCAAAUAAACAACAAAUUGUGCAUAUUUUGAAGGGAAUCACGGAUCAGGAAGUCCCACCAAAGCAAAAACAUAUUCGUGGAAUUAUUUUAGCUACAUUUAGUGGAAAGUCUUCGUUGUUUUUUUAUGAGACUGCACUUAAGCUCGCUAUAUACACCAAUCCUGUAGUCUGCUGGAAGUUUCUAUAUGUUAUCCAUAAAUUGUUCCGAGAUGGGCACCGUGAGUGCGUAAGUGACGGACUACGUCACGCAACCAGAGUUUCCCAGUUGCAGUCUGCCUGGAGUAAUCACGCGACAAAAUGUGGAUAUCCGAUCGUAGACUUUUGUCAACUGAUAACCCGUAAAAUCAGCCUACACAGAAAAUAUGGAGUAUUACCUGGAAGUCUGGAGCUAACUCCCAGUGAGCUGAAGAGUUGUCUUUCUGCACAAGUAGACCACUUAUUUCAAUUUAGUGUCGAUCUCAUGGAUAUGCUAGAAGAAACAUUGCGCUUCAAAGAUGUUGUGCUCCUUUCUUUGGAGGGUAUUCAAGCCGCUUCAUUCACUCCCUCUGGUCAAUGUAAACUUAUUCCACUCAUUCAAUGUAUUCAAGAUGCUGCAGCACUCUAUGAACUAAGCGUACAAGUAAUCUUUAAGUUACACGAGUUAUUAGGCAAUGGAACAAUGUCCGGUCACAGAGAACGCUUCAGAGAUCUCCAUAUUUCUGUCAAGAAAUUUUUUGAAAAUGUAUCCCACAUGCAAUAUUUCCGUUCAUUUGUUCACAUACCUUCAAUAUCCCAGAAUCCGCCGAAUUUUUGUGUUCAGUCAGAACUGAGUGAACAUACUACACUUAGAGUUACGAUGAAUGAAUCACAAUCAUUAUCUCCACCACUGCCACCAUCUUCACUGUUGUCAUCGACGGCAGUACUAGUGGAUGAACGGAACAGUCCACAUUCAGGUGAUGAAGAAGAUUCUUGUGAAUUAACCAUUGUACCUAAAGUUAUGUCACAAAUUCGUCCAACUAAAUUAUCAACUGAAAAACAGACACUAAUUAAAUUAGGUUCUGAAAAUACGGAUGUAAAUGAGAAGACGGUUAUGUUGUCAAAAGAAGUGAAAAUGGAUCCAAGUGUCAAUGAUAAACAUCACCAUAUUAAUAAUAAUAAUAGUAAUACUAUUGAUAAUAAUUGGAAAAUGAAUUGGAACCCAUUUUUGGAUAAUUCAAUUCAAACAAAAAACCAUGUACUGUCACCUUAUCAUACUCAUGUAACGGAUGAAAAACAUGAAGUACUCAUUGAAGUGGAGUUGUUGAAGUCUGAAAUAGAAAGAUUAAAAGCAGAACAUCAUGAACAAUCUUAUUCGCUUUUGAAUCGUAUACGAAUAUUAGAAGAUGAAAUCAAAGAACUUGUACAAUAUAAGUCUAAUCAUGAAGAGCAACAAGUGAACUAUGAGACGAAAUUAACUGAAAAAGUUUGUCAAGCUCAAAUGUUUGAAGAGAAAUUUCUAAAAUUAAAAGAAGUCUAUACUAAACUACGUGAAGAACACGUUGUUCUGUUAAAAAAUUAUGGCAGUGUUCAACAAAACUUACAACAAGAAACUCAAAAGAAUCAAGAUUUAGUAAAAACAAUUGAAGAUCUCCGUCACCACCAAAUGUCCUCAUCACUAAGUGAAGUUGAAUCGCUUGUUUCUGGAAAUCGAACUGAAGAAUCGGUCGAUCAAUGUUUAAAACUACAGUAUCAGUUGAAUGCCUAUGAAUCAAAAUCGGAAUCUGUAAAUACUGAGAAAGAUCAACUUACUGUAGAGCUUUCAGAAAGUCAACAAUUAUUAAAGGAUUCUGAAAUGAAAAUUUCCAAAUUAACUAAUGAAUUGCAAGUUUUAAAUGAUCAACUUAACCAGGAGAAGUUAUUUGCAGUCAGGGGAAAUGAUACAUGCAACGGAAAUACUUUCACACAUAUUGUUGGUGAUGAUAAAGAUUGUAAGAAUGGCGAAUUAACAAUGCAUUUGGAUAAAUUUAAACAAACGCUUUUAACAAAUACCGUUGAGCAGGUAUUAUCUGUAUUACAAAGUAAUCAAACUAUUGGGCAAUCACCUGAAUUUAUAGAAGUGUACAUACAUUGUUCUCCAACGUACUUUUUAAAUCAUUUAUCACAAGUUACUAACUAUUUUAAUUUAUUUGAAUCUGCAUUAACUGACUACUUGUCGGAUAAUGAAAAAGGAUUGAUUCAAACUUCAUAUUAUAUUGGUCAGCUAAACUCUCAGUUAUCAUUACUAUCUCUCUUAUCUAAAUCGAUACGUCAAUCAAAUGGUACAAGUGAUUCUUCAUACAACUGUUUACAUAAUUUAGACUUAAUUCAAAGUGAAUUUACGGAAUUACUUAAUGUUCUGCUACAAAUCAACAGUAUUAAUCAGGAUCAUAUAAAUUAUAAUAACGAUAAACACAAUUAUUUCAAUCAAAUCAAAGAGCAUUUAUCUAAGAUUCAUAAUCAGUUAAAAUCUAUGUCUAUUGAAGUAACAAAUUUAUCGAACUCUCUGUCGAAUGAUUACAAUAAUGAUGACAUUAUGUCGUCGACUGAUGUGAUACAGAUUGAAAUGGAAACCACUUUUCAGGCUAUCACAGCUGCAGAACAGAAAUUCCAGGGAUUAAUUGAGGAAUCUAAAAAAAAUUCAAUCAACAAUGAAAAUCUUCAAGUGAAUUCACUUAUAUUAGAUUGUUGUUCUGAAUUGUUACUUUGUGUUGGUGAUCUAGUGAAACAAUCUAAACUGAUUCAACAAGAGUUUGAAAAUUCGCCAACGUCCUUUGAGUUUUAUAAACCUUAUAAUCGUUGGACCAAGGGUCUUUUAUCGGCUGCUAAAUUUGUCGGUGCUAGUGCUAAUGUCAUGGUUGAAAUAGCUGAUUCCAUAGUUUGUGGAAAAGAUGUAAAAUUAGAACGCUUAAUUGUAAUUUCACAAGAGAUAGCUGCUAGUACAACUCAAUUGGUUUAUGCUACUCGUGUAAAAACUACUUCACAAUCUGAAAUGUUCAAUAAAUUACAGUUAACUAGUAAAGAAAUAUGCAAGUGUACUGGAAAUUUGAUUGCAUGUGUAAAAAAGGCAAUUGAAGCAAAACAUAUAGAAGAACUUGAUUUUAGUAGCCUUACACUAACUCAAGCAAAACGUAUGGAAGUUGAAUUACAAGUGAAAAUUAUUGAAUUAGAAACAUCGUUAACAAAUGAGCGACAACGUUUAGCUAAAUUAAGAAGAGAUAAUUAUCAGUUAUCAGCUGAAGUAGAGGAUUUCUUGUUUGAAGUAAUGACAUGCAUGAAUGUGAAUGACUAGCUUAUUUUUUUUGAAAAUUCAAUUGUUAUUACGUACGACUUGGGGUAAAUAAAAGUUUUUGUUCAAUAACAUCAAGUGAAUUGCUUAGACUAGUAAAUCUUUUUUAGUGUGAUCACCUUGGUUAUUACUUUUUUUGAAAAGAGAUCCAUUAAUUUUCUUGCCAGAAAGUAUGGGCGUUGUUUACAUCACCAUUAUUCGUGAUAAUAUGCUUAUUUGAUGUUUGUUAAAAGCAUGAUUUAUUUGUUUGUUCAUUUUGUACAUUACAAUAAUACAGGGUUAUAUUGGCUGUCUGCUAGUCUAAUUAGUUGAUGGACAAUUUUUGUAACCCGAGGAUUACCUUAAAGAUAUUUUUACAUUUGAAAACCAAUACGUCAUUUGUAAAGCAACUUGAAACUAGCAUGACGUAAUCGAAUUCUCAAGGUCUCUGUUGACGUAUAUCCCUAAUCCUAUCUGAUAUUAGAACCAGAAUCUUUCAGGUUAUGAAGGAUUUCAGAAAGCAUAUCAGUUUCAACUCUUUUUCCAGAAAUGUUAUCCUUGUCGUAAAGUAAUUUGUUUAUGCAAACGUCUUGUCAAUAUAUGCGUAUGCACUAACCCAUUUGUAAAUAGUUAGCAAAUCUAGUUAUAGAGUAUAUAAAAUUUUUAAUCGUUUUUAUUUUUAUUUUAUUCUGUCCAAAUAAAUUCUUUACAUGGAUACACAUGUCUGCCACUACCAGUUGAUCAAUGAGAGAUAAUGAAAAACUCCCAAUGAAAAUUUAACAAAUAAAGUAGUCUACAAAUCUACCUUCCAAAUUAAAUGUAAAUAGAUUUAUUUCAACAGCUUAUCUACCUACGUUAUUAUCAUUAAAAUUUGUUAUCUUACUACUAAUACCACUCCAGUAAUCAGUUAAUAAUGCAUACCUAAGUCUUUCAUUAUUCAAAAUAACUACCCCCAUUAUUGUGUAUCAACGGCACAAGGAAGAGUGACAUGAAAUCGUAUAUUCAACUUUGUACUUGAUUUUCAUCAUUUUGUUAUUGUAUGAUCUCAUAUUGAUUAUAUUUAGUGAUAUGACAGUUUUCUUUCUGCCUAGAGAAUGGAAGAAUGCUUUUUCUCUCGACUUCGUCCCGUUCUUUUUUCUCUUCCUUUCUUCUAGAAAAGUAGAAUAAAUAAAUGACUUGCCAUACUUUUUUACUUGUCUAUUCAUAUUUGUUGUGCUCUUAUUCAUCAAGCUUAUUUGAAAAUAUUGAUUUUUCACUCGUCGUAACACGUCUUGCGAAACUGCUGAACUUUCCCGGUUAUUUUACAGCAUGAUAAUAUCUAUUUGGAUCGACAAUAUAGUAUUGCGUGAUUCCUUUCUGAUUGAAUGCUUAUUAUUACCAUUAUUAUUAUGCUAAACAAUGAUAUAAUUGCACUAAAUUAUUUUAACAGCGCACCUUAUCUAUACUUUCACUUAUGGAUAUGGAUAACUCGAAGAUUGGGAUUAGUAAUUAAAGAAUAUAUUUCCUAUGUUUUGGAUACUAAUCUCUCUGUAGUUAUAUUUGGAUAAUGAUUUUGAAACAAAGAUGGAUCUGGUGGUGUAUUUUAUAGCUCAUCGGUAAAUGGCGUUAGAACUAGUACAAUGGAGACAAAAAUGUUUACGAUGGAUUCCAUUUGUGUCAGCUAGAUUUUGUAGUUUAGUUUUGAAGUGCUAACUCUAUAACUUACAGGUUUCUAAUAUCAACUGUGUAUUCCCCGAUGGUUUUUAACAAGUGUAAUUAUCAACCUUACCAAACAAUUAGACAAGCAGUGCUAGUUCUUUUUUUAACAAAUAGUACGACUUUCUCCUGACAUCACUCUUCACUUUAUCUCCCCUUUGGAAAAUGGCUUUAUAUUUUGCCCGAUGAAAGAGCAUGUCUUUCUAACAUGAAAUGAGGUUGGGUUCUGCUAAACUAGAACCAGAGCUAUUAAAUCUGAACAUCGUCUAGACAUCAAUUAAUGACUUUGAUCCCCCAUUUACUGAAAGAGAUGACAAACUCGUGAAGGGUUCGUUUUAUUUUACUAAUUAGCGAACUAUCACCGUAUAUUAUUUAAAAUUGUUCGUCCAAACUAUUACCAGUCAGUAACUUAAAACUGUUCAGUCUCGACAAAACUAAUAAUAACAAUCUACCAUGGGAAAUGAAUCUCUUGUGUAAAAGAAUAUGGAUGUCUGGAACAAUGACCCAGCAAAAUGUCGAUCUAUAGAGGAUAGUGUAACCAUUUCAUCACAACUUGAGUUUAUCAUUUGAAUAAAAACAGUACUGGUCUGAUGAAUUCAUUAGGAACUAAGUGUGGAUGAACCGGUAUUGAGAAUUGUACAGCUUUGAUAUUUUUUGAGAUACAACAAAUAUAAUUGGUUCUAACAACAACGUUCUUUACUAUCAAAAGUGAAUGCCACAUUUCCACUACUUUAAAUUCAACAAAAUCUAAUCAUUCAUGAAUAUCACAUUGUUCGGAAACCAAACUUAAUCAUUUUCAGUAACUAAUAUUGUACAAAAUACCAAAUACGUAGGAGGCAGCACCAGCUUAAGUACACUCUCACUGAACAGCAGUUACGGAUUAUUAUUACGAGGUAUUUUAAGACCUCAGUAAGGGAUCUGUUAAAAACGACCAAUUCAAUGAGUCGUAGCAUGUCCUUGUGAAAGCUAGACAGGGUAAGUAAACAGUUAAGCUCGCAGGAUACAGCAAUAUUUUACCAACAUACGACAGUAAAUACUAGGAAGUAUGUGCUUUACGCGCAUUUAUCAGUGGUCAAAAUAGACUUAGUUGGUUAGGGGUCAAACGAAAAAGUCUGCAGAAGCAACUGGUUUUACUUGCCCCGUAUAACCUUAACAUGGACUGAUAUUGUUCGAUAUGCGGUAAGACUGUAAGUUUGUUAUGCACCGACCAUAAAUCCAUCACUGAUCUAAAAACUACGUCAAAAUACACCGAAUUAGAUGGGAUUUGCAUAUCUGGCCAAUAAGCACAUUCGAAAAUAUUGAACUAGACAGUUGUUAUAAGCUUUUCGACAACUAAAUGCAUGCAUACAAUUUGUGAUGUGAACUACAUUAGCCAAAUUCAUAAUAAAUUACUGAGUUGCAUACUGUUACCCGACUCACAGUUAUUUGUAACUGUAAUCGACAACAACUAAAAAAGCCGGGUUACUAUGAGUUUUAUUCAACUUCGUGAUACCUAUCGGUUGAUCCCAGUGAAAAACGAGGAAAACACCCAUCAUAAACAAUUCCACAAGGCUUACAUACAGAUGCUUAUAGACAACAUUUACGACAACUGUAAGUUAUCAAGCUCAAACUUCCUUUCAUUCAAACUAUGCAAAAAGCACGAUGUCACUGAGACAGUUAUAUAUUUAUUUGAGCACAUUUAUAUAAAAGGUCGCCAAAUACAUAUGCGCCACUUGAUUUGUGUGUGGGCUGUGAUAAUGCUCAGGUGCUCAGACCGUAGUAGGUGGUUUCCUUAGGGGGGCCACACCUAGAGCAUUCGACCUAAAGGUUUGAUCCACAAGGCAGUGGAGCAUCGUAAGGAGAUGCAGUCCCAUGGAAGCCGGUGACCAACAAUU